AUGAAGAGUCCUCCAAUGCAACAUGUAUUGAAUCCACACACUCGUACAAAGAAAUACAAAGAGAGGAAAUAUGCAAGGUUUCAGGAUAUUUUCAAAGGAUUACAAAUCAAUAUUCCAUUUUAUGAAGCCUUGGAACAGAUGUCGACAUAUGUCAAAUUCAUGAAGGAAAUUCUUGCAAAGAAAAUAAGGUACGCAGAUGAAGAAACAAUUCAUUUAGAUGCUAGCUACAAUGCCAUUAUUCAGAGAACCCUUCCGCAGAAAGAAAAAGAUCCUGGAAGAGUUACAUUAUCUAUUACCAUAGGAAACGUAAAUGUUGGAAAAACAUUGAUUGAUCUCGAUGCCAUCAUAAAUCUUAUACUAUUAUUGGUGGUUAAGUGGAUAGUCGAUCUUGACAUGAAACAUACAAAUAUGACAUUACAACUAGCAGAAAAAUCCAUCACACGUCCGUCAGGAAUAAUAGAAGACGUUUUAGUUAAAGUUGACAAAUUCAUGCUCCUUAUAGAUUUUAUGGUGAUAAAUAUUGAAUCAAAUGUUGAAGUUCCUCUAAUUUUAGGUUGA